UCGAAGAAUCCAACAGACAUUUAUUACAGCUAUUAUAUUAUGAAUAUUAGAGUUUUACCAGACACAAGUGUCUGCGUUAAAACUAAAUUGGUAGAUUAAAGCAGAAGAGUAUGUUUCCCAUAACUCUAUCCCAAACACAAAUAAAAGUUAAACAUAAAACAUUCGAUUAUACAAGCUUCUCUGUGUAAUUCCUCCAACCCUCUGAGGCAUCAGUUAGUUUUACUAAUUCUAGAACAGAACUCUUAAUGGUCACUUUAUCAAACUGCUUCAGAGAUGUGGUCCGAUAACCAGAGAUUUCAGAACCAGUGUAGUCUUUUCAAUUUAAACGUCUGGAACCGAUUCAUUUAGAUUUUUGGGACAGUCGGAAUUAGUUCCUUUUCAUUUGGGCUUGUUAUUAGAGUAGUGCAUUCUAACACGCUUUAAGAUUCGUGAAUGAAUCUAAUAGGCGAACUGGUACAGUCAAUAAUAAGCAUUUUGUUAUUUUUUUCCUUCUUCUGACUAAUCGAGAUCACGCUCACAGACGUUGUUUCGACAGUUCCUGUACAGCCUUGCAGAGUGCAGGCGGGUGGGGUGAGAGGUGGCUCUUCCUAUCAAGCACUGGGCUGUUGUGCGCUCACUCGGCGGUGGAUCACAGGGAAUGGCGGAGAAGUUACCGGGUCUUGGCCUCUACCUCAGUCCCGGCAAUAUGCUACUGGCCGGCGGUAACACGGACGCGGAGAAGUUGCAGGCAAAUGGAAAAUCAUUUGAAAAUGUAGAACUUGGAGAUGUGAAUACGAAAAAGCAAAAGCUUCCUCGAAGAAUCAUUCACUUUGCUAGUGGCGAAACUAUGGAGGAGUAUAGCACAGAUGAGGAGGAUCAGGAAGAUGAAAAGAAAGACUUAUUGCCUAUAAUUGAUACUACCAAACUUCCUUGGGGCCCAUUUUUGUGGUUUUACAUGCUAAGAUUUGCUACAGGAACACUGUCAGUUUGUGACUUCUUGGGAGAAAAGUUAGCUUCACUUUUUGGUAUAAACGCUCCAAAAUACCAGUAUGCAAUUGAUGAGUACUACAGGAUAAAAAAGGAGGAGGAGGAAGAAGAGGAAGAAAAUAAAAUGUCAGAAGAAGCUGAAAACAAUUACAAAGAGCAAAUGGAACAGCAGCAAGAGAUGGUUAGUACACAUGAUGGUCUGCCAGUAGUUAAUGCAUCAUUUGUGAAUGUCAGCUUUGAAAUGGAAAGUGAUCCCACCAUUAUAACAGAAACCAAACAAAAAAGCGAUCCUAUUCCAACUUAGAGGAAGUCAUCCUAUGGAAGAUGAUGCAAGGGUUCAGUGCUGCCCGUUACCCUGAAGAAAACAGCUAUGCCUUAAUUCACUGAAAAUGCAGUUGUGCCUUGCGAUCUUUCAUCUAAUUUUGUUUUCAUAUCAUGCAUCUGCUGUAAUUAAACUGUUAAUACUAGAAACAAUAUUGUUUCGUUUAACCUAUAAUUAAUUAUUUAUUUUAAUUCUUUAUAAAAAUAAGCAAAGGUCACUUUUGUACACUACAAAACUUUAAUAAAAAUUUAUGAUGACUAUUUAUCACA